UUUGGAACGGUACCGAUGGGUGACGUCACGUUUUUUUGACAGAUGACACAUCGAAAUAUGGCGUCCGGUCGAAGGAACGGUUGCAAUAAAAUUUUCAUCUCAAAAAAUUUCAUGAUUUUAUGCUAGAUCGACAAUAAUGAUCGUCUAAAAUAAAUACUAUAUAACUAAAAUCAGCUCGGCAAAGAGUUAUUUUCAUAAAAGCGAGCGACGAUAUAAAGUUUUAACCCGAUGUAAAGGGUUUUCGAAACGCCCGUUCUAUAAAAGACUAUAGAAGGUGUUGUGAUCAGUGAUAAACGUGCGCUAAGUGAUUACCGGACUGCAUUCACUUGGGAAUCUUACUUGAAGGGGGCUCCAGCACUAGGUACUAUGUGCUGGAACGCUCUACGGGGUAGAUAAGAUGGAAAAGGGUCGUCAUGGGAAACAUAACAGGGACAAAAGAAGAAAAAAAUCCAGAUCUAAGGAAGAAAACGGCUCCAGUUUAGAUCAUCAUCGUAUUAUUAAACCUUUGGUUGAAUACUCAGACGUUAGUUCCGACGACCUCUCCGAACCAGAGGCGGGUGAGAUACAAAGUGGUGGUAGUGUGAAUAGUUAUAGUGAUGACGGAGUGACCGGAAUGCAUCGUAACAGUCACAAUUCGGGUCGUUUCGUCAUUGACGAUAAUGUUUAUUACACUAAACCCUAUCACUCGCCUGGUCGGCGACAUCGUCUUGACCCUUCUAUGGUACCAAGAUCACCGUCGCCGACAGCCCUUGUACGAAGAGAAAGAAAACAUAGCGUAUCAUCACGAUCAUCAAGAUCAAGUGAUGUAAGACAUAUUCGAAGAAAGUAUGAGUCCCCAACUCAAGAAAUUCCACGCCAAGUAAUCACUUCACCCACUUAUGAGUAUGAAGAUCGUAGUAGCAAGAAGAGAAAGAAAAAAGAGAAGAAAUCAAAAAAAGAUCGUCGCACUAAGAAGCGCAAGAAGAAAUCUAAACAUCGUUCGAGAAGUACUAGUUUAAGUAGCGUAGAAAGUGGUUCGCAAAUUUCGUCUGGUCGCGUUUCCGGUGCUGCUGCGAUCGAAAAUAACGAUGUCGUUUUGUCUGAUUGGGAAGAAGCGGACGGUGAAGCAGCGUCCGCUGUUUAUAAGCCAUCAAAUGUUGCUAAAUUAGAUCCAUCAACGUGUUCUCCAGUCUCAAAUGACAGUCGAAUUGAUUCUCCAGAAGCUGAAACAACUAGAAGUGGUGCAAAAGGCAACAGCCCUCCCCUAACAGAUCAAAAUACACCCCCAUUACAUACAAGUAAAAUGAUGGAAUCGCCCCAUACUCCACCGCCACUUAAAUCUGUUCGAAAUCAUAUUAAUUCUUCUUCAACUGAAGUAAUCGAUUUAAUAAGAGAUAUAGACAAUAGCAAAUCCCCUACAGAAGUUGAAAUUGUUCAGGAUAGAAGGAGUACUUUAUCUCCUUUGAUGAGGUCGCCCUAUAGAAAUCCCAGUCCAGAAGUUUCUGUGGGUUAUGGACAUUUACAAACAAGUAUAUCACCAACAAGGAAGAAGAGAAUGUGUGAAAGAGAAUCAAUUGGAGGACAUAGAAGGGAUCGAUAUCGACGUGAUAAAGACAAGAAGGAUAGAAGGAAAUCCUCAAGAAGUCCAAGGAGGAAAUUAUCUAGAUCACCCAGUUGGAAUAAGGGUGGACAUUAUAGUCAACAUCGAAGUAUACAAGACAUGUCAGAUCACGUCCAGAACAAAUCCUCUACUAACUCAGAAUUCCGUAUGUUUAGAUCGCCAAGUAGAUCAAGACACAAGAAAUAUCGUUCCAGAAGUCCAAUAAAAACAAGAGAAAGGUCGCGAAGUCCUGUACGAAAAGAAAGGUUACCAAGAAGUCCUUCGCCACAUUCAGUAAGACCGUCAUUAUUAAAGAAUAAAAUCACCGAUACAAGCCUAUUUGCCGAAUUAGUUAAAGAUCGUCAUAAACGCGAAUUAGAACUGCAAAAGUUGCUAGAAAAGAAAACCGAAUCAGGUCCAUCCGAAGAAUCGCCACAAUCCUCAACGGCGACGAGCGUUGCCCCAACGGCGUCGCGAGCUGAAGAUCAAGUUGAUUGUUCACAAUCAAUAAACACCGAACCAAUUCCGAUGGAUAUUGAUAACAUUCCUAUUCCUUCCGACGAGAAAAUGACCCCACCGAAAAUUAAAUUAGAUGAAAUAAAUUUACCCGGUGUCACAAAUGUUAAAGUACAAGACAUCACAUUACCUGAAAGUACCCCACCAUUACCAACCUCUGGAGAUCAAUCAAAUGUAUCCGGUACCGUUUCUAAAGAGAUGGCUGUUAAACGGAAUAUUAUUAACAUAGAUCCAAAAACAAACACAAAAAUUAAAAGUAUCACUAAAAUGCCUUUACCUCCUGGUAUUAAACAAACCGAUUUAGAAGCUAUUGAAUCGCCUCCGAGUAGAUCACCAAGUCCUACUACAAUGGCUGCAAAUUCAAAAGCUAAAACACCGCCAAGAAAGACUAUUAUGAAUUUACCAAUGCCACCUGUCGUUUCAGGUUCUGAAGAUUUAAGCAACGACGAAGAUGGUCCAAACACACCACCAAGGAUUGGUACAUCAGCUGUAAAAUUGUUAGAUAAACGUGGACAACCCAAACCGAAAUUAAAGCGACCGAAAAUAUUGAAAAGGCGAACAUCUAGAAGUUUACAAAUUCAUCAAAAAGAUUGGGGUGAACGUUGUGUUGAUGUUUUUGAGGUUAUUAAUCAAAUUGGAGAAGGAACUUAUGGCCAAGUUUAUAAAGCGAGGGAUGUCCAUGCGGAUCAAUUGGUUGCUUUGAAAAAAGUUCGACUUGAAAAUGAAAAGGAGGGCUUUCCAAUAACCGCAGUGAGAGAAAUCAAAAUUUUGCGUCAACUCAAUCAUAAGAAUAUUGUAAAUUUGAGAGAAAUUGUUACAGACAAACAAGAAGCAAUAGAUUUUAGGAAGGAUAAGGGAUCAUUUUAUUUAGUCUUCGAAUACAUGGACCACGACCUGAUGGGACUUUUAGAGUCUGGAAUGGUCGAUUUUAACGAACUGAAUAACGCUUGUAUAAUGCGUCAGUUACUUGAUGGCCUCAAUUAUUGUCACAAAAAAAAUUUCUUACAUCGUGACAUAAAAUGUAGCAAUAUUUUAAUGAACAAUAAGGGAGAAGUAAAAUUAGCAGAUUUUGGGUUAGCGCGUCUUUAUAACGCAGAAGAUCGUCAAAGACCAUACACAAAUAAAGUAAUCACGCUUUGGUAUCGACCGCCAGAAUUGCUUUUAGGCGAAGAAAGAUAUGGACCCGCCAUAGAUGUAUGGAGUUGCGGAUGUAUUUUGGGGGAAUUAUUUUUAAAGAAACCUUUAUUCCAAGCAAACGCUGAAAUGAUGCAAUUAGAGAUGAUCUCGCGAUUAUGCGGAACUCCUACUCCUGCAGUUUGGCCUUCCGUAAUCAAACUUCCACUUUUCCAUACGCUAAAACCGAAAAAAAUUCAUCGGCGGCGAAUUCGAGAUGAAUUCAUCAUGAUGCCUUCUUCCGCCUUGGAUUUAUUGGAUAAAAUGUUAGAGUUAGAUCCUGAAAAGAGAAUUACUGCAGAGGAUGCUCUUAAAUCCAAUUGGUUGAAAAACAUUAAUCCUGAACAAAUUUCUGCACCAGAAUUACCAACGUGGCAAGAUUGUCAUGAAUUAUGGAGUAAAAAACGAAAGCGUCAAAUGCGCGAACAGGAAGCAAUGCAAACUAUACCACCUGGAAAACCACCGGUAACGACGACGACAUCUUCGCGAGAUUCAAAAUUAUUUAUGAAAAAUGAGGAUGCGGCCGAGUUUGGAGGAUCUUCAAAAGGUUUAAAAAUGGAUGCAUAUGAUUCUGCUGUACUUUCGUACGCUUUAGCGACGGCUCAACACAAAAGAAACAUAUUAGAAAUGCUUCCAAGUACUUCUUCAUCUUUACAACAAACGGAAGAAAUAUCAUUAACACCACCAACAAGAAAAGAGUACAAAGAAAAUUUGGAUGAAAUAUUAAUAGAGCGUCAGCGGAAUACUGAACAUUCUUAAGUAGAACUUUUCAAAUCUUGUACAAUACCAUGUAUUAUUAUAAAUCUUUUCUUGAAAAUAAACAUUAUUUAUUGUAAAAUUAA